ACGUAAAGACGCCGGUUCAUGUGAUUGGUAGUUGGUUUCCGCUUGACGGGUACGUGCCGCAAAGCGCGAAAAUUCAAACUCCAGAAGCAACAGAAAGAGGAAUCGGUGGACAUAUGUUUUUUCCUCCAAUGGCUAUCAGCCAUAAAAGAGCAUGAUGAGGUCGAGCCCCCGCAGGCCACUAAUUCUCAAGAGACGCAAACUGAGCCUUCCCCGCAAGGAUUCUCCAAAAUCCUCUGGGACUGAGGCAACAAAACCUGAUCACAGCAAAGUCCCUUUGAUUGGUGUUCUAGGAUUAUAUGAUGAACCUUCCACCUCAAGGAAAGAAGCCAUAAGACUCCCUGAACAAUGGCAAACCAUCAGUACAAGAGUUUUGGGAACAUCAGAGGAGGACACUCAAAAAGGAGAUUCAGAUGAUCACAAUAUCCCCCAGCGAAUACGAAUUAUGGGUCACCCCACCAUGCCAGAUACACAGCUUGUGGUCAUCCCUCCGCUGUGUGAUGUUCAAAGCAUUAUCCAGGUCCUGACCACCCAUAGCAAGGAGAGUGGAGGUCCCAACAAGUUUAUUUUGGUCAGUGGUGGCUCCUCUAACACAAACAGUUCUGAAGAGCCAGGGACCCAAUCCAAGGAAGAAGUGCUAGAAUCUUUGCAGCCAGGAUCUUCUUCAUCCCCGAAAAAACAACACAUUGCAGAAGACAACAUCAAAUCUUCUGGUACUGGAGCACCAGAUCAGCGGGAGGGAAAUGAGCUUGAUGUCAGUUUAACCAAUAUACACUGGCUGGGGAAGAUGGCCUCUGAUGUACUGGGGCCAUGCACAAUAAAGGAGGAUUCGGAGGAGAAGGAAAAUGUGAGCCCUGAGUUGGACUGUAAGAUAAAGGAAGAUACAGACACAAGCCCCCCACAGCACUGGCAUCACUCCGUCUCCGAGCGCCCACCUUACUCUUACAUGGCUCUGAUCCAGUUCGCCAUCAAUAGCACACCACAGAAGCGCAUGACGCUGAAGGACAUCUAUACUUGGAUUGAGGAUCAUUUCCCAUACUUUAAGCGUGUGGCCAAGCCAGGAUGGAAGAACUCAAUUCGGCACAACCUUUCCUUGCAUGACAUGUUUGUGAGAGAAACAUCUGCAAACAACAAAAUCUCUUACUGGACCAUCAAUCCCGCAGCUAAUCGCAGUCUGACCCUAGACCAGGUGUUUAAGGCUUCACAUCCCACAUCGGUUGAAAGCAAUGAACCUCAGCAGCCGAAGAGAAUAAUCCCGGAGGUAACAAAGAGCAUGCUGGGAUCAUCUGUUAGUUGUAAAGCACCAGAGAGGAAGAUGAAACCUCUUUUGCCCAGGGUCAAUUCUUAUCUGAUCCCAGUCCAGUUUCCAAUGACUCAGUCUGUCGUUCUUCCUACACUGGAGCCGCUGUGCUCUGACAAUAGAGCUUGUGAUGGGCCACGCAGCAUUAAAUGUGUGAAGAUUGCUCCCAAGACAUCAGUUUCUAAUGAGCAACCACCUUCACAACUACCAGCAGUUAAAGUCAAAGAAGAGUCAAUCAUCCAAGACCUAAUUUCCCCAUCCACUUCACAAAGUAGACCAGUGAACACAUCUCGUAGAAAGCAACAGCUAAUCCCUCCACGGUGUGAGGAGCCAGAGCUGGUUCUGCCAGAAACUAGUAGCUCUGACUCUGGUUUGGAUACAGACUUCUCUUUUCUACAGGAGACUCAGGCACCAGAUGGCCCUUCCCAGUACACUCAGGAUGAGGACUGUGUCUUUAAGACUCCAAUCAAGAAUAGGUUGUUAAACCCCCCAGCCUCCUCAACCCCAAGCAAACCUGCUGAGAUAUGCACUGCCCAACCCUGGGGAACAGAUGCCUCUAUCCCCCAAGAUCCUGUGCUGGACUUCAGCCCUGUCCGUACUCCUUGUGGUUUUGCUCUCACACCCUUUAAGGACAGUCUUGGUUUCCUAAGUUAUGGUGGAACCCCUUUCAAAGAUCCUCCCUUUACUGAUUCCCCACAGAAGCUUUUGAACACUCCCUCGCCUGUUUCAACCCCAGCAGAGACUCUCAGUAGCCCUUCAGAGACGCGUCCACCAAAACGCUGCUCUAAGGAGUUACAGGUUGAAGGGCCGGCUAAUCGUUCACUUCUGGAAGGUUUGGUGCUGGACACUACUGAUGACAGUCUGAGCAAGGUUUUGCUGGAUAUCAGCUUUAGUGGCCUUGAGGAGGACAAUGGGUUAGGGGUGGACAGUCUGUACUGGGGACAGUUUUUUUCUGAUCUCAGAUAGUAGGUUGAUACUAUAUAUAUUUUUUAUUCUGCAUUAAUUCGCUUUUCCUGUGAUAUACCAACCGUCAACACAAAUUAUUGAAAGUUAAACACUUGUUCAAGUUCUUUUCACCUCUGACCACUUUUUUGUUGUUUUAAAGGUGCAGAUCUUUUUAGCUGGAUAAUAUAAUAUAUAUUUCAUCAAUAUCUACUAAUGUUAUACUGAUCUCCAAAUUUUGUGUAAGUAAAAUAACCUUAAAGGGACAUUAAACACUAAAUAAAUGGUAGAUAGGAUGAUGCUUUUAAAGCAAAGACUAGUCUGAGGUCAUUAGUUGUUUAAAUAGUGACAAAUAAGUGUAAAGUUUUAGUUUCUAUAAAACAAUGGGAGCUGCCAUAUUGUAACUUAGGUUACCUUCUCUGCUGCGGCCAAUUAGGGACAGUUAUAAAUAGGUCACUAGAGUGUGCAGCCAAUGGCUGUGUAGAAUGUGUUCUGCACUUCCAUUUCUAACAGGAACUAAAAAGCUCACAAUUUCAGAAUGGAAUUGCAGGAAAAGGGAACAAAAUAAAUAAUGUAAGUAUAUUGAAGAGUUUUAUUAAUAUACGAUUUAUCAUUUUAUAUUACCAUCUCAAGGUGUUUAAUGUCCCUUUUUAAAUAUGACCACUGUAUACAAAUACUAAUAAUCAAUUAGCUGUUUCCAGUUCACUGCACCAUGUAAAUCAUUGUUACCUUGUUAAUCACUGCAGCCCUGUGUCUUGGAAACGUUCAUAGCGGUAUGAAAUAUGUGUAGGAAUUAGAAAAGUAUGAAAUGUUUUUUAAUUUAUGAUGCAAACAUUUAAUUGCAAAUUACUUUCUUAAUGCCAUUUUGUUUUAUAUGUUUUUUCUGUAAAUAUUGUACAUUUUGUUAAUACGUUUUCUUAUUUGCUAUUCACUUUAUUAGUCUAUAAAUUAAUGUUGCUCAGUAUUAAACUCUUUUACGACUUUGCUCUAUGUGAAAACCCCA